AUGAAUAGAGGUGAAUGUGAGGUAGGUAGGUGGCAUAUUUUAAUAGGUAAGUCUUUAACGGCGACCUCUAUUAUUAUUAUUUUAUUAUCUAUAUAUAACAACAAUCGCCGUGCCCUAUCAAUCAAUCAGCUGCUCAUUCACACACAUCAUCAGUCGAUUUGCUUUGCAGGGGUGUUCUGAGGUCAAUUCGAAUCAUCUUUUCUUAAUUUUCUUUUUGAUCUUCGUAAUCUCCGUUUUAUACACAACUGAUUUUGUGGAGAUCAGAUCACAUACAAACAUGGUGAAGGCGGUUGCGGUUCUUAGCAGCAGUGAGGGUGUUAGCGGCACCAUCUUCUUCAAUCAAGAGGCAGAAGGUGCUCCCACUACCGUUACCGGAGACCUUUCUGGCCUCAAACCUGGACCUCAUGGUUUCCAUGUUCAUGCACUUGGUGACACAACCAAUGGGUGCAUGUCAACUGGUCCUCACUACAAUCCUCAUGGAAAGGAGCAUGGUGCCCCCGAUGAUGAGGUUCGCCAUGCCGGUGAUCUUGGGAAUGUCACCGUAGGCGAAGAUGGUACUGCAAAAUUCACCAUUGUUGAUAAGCAGAUUCCACUGAUUGGAGCUCAAUCCAUCGUUGGGAGGGCAGUAGUUGUUCAUGCUGAUGCUGACGAUCUUGGAAAGGGAGGCCAUGAGCUCAGCAAAAGCACAGGAAAUGCUGGUGGAAGAGUUGCAUGCGGUAUCAUUGGAUUGCAGGGUUGAUCAUAUGCCAGGAAAUAAUCUGACUUCGACUAUCCUCAAGUGUUGGUAUUACUUCGUUUAAUAAACCGAUGCUCUGUGUUAGUUGAAUACUCCGAUGAUAUUUCGAGUUGAGACGUGUUUUGUGCAAUGACGAAUACUUUGGGCUUUUGAAUCUGUAGACCAACUUUAUAAUAAAAAUAAAUCACUUUUUUAAAAAAUA